AUGCAUUGCGCCGGAGGCCUUCCGCUGGGUUUUCCCUUGCCUGCGCACCGCACCCCGUUUGCCAUUUUGGCAUCUGGCAUGCCUGUGUGCGUGGACGGUGUGCACUGGCGCACGCAUGCUCGGUACUCUAUGCCCAUGUUACCAGUGUAG